CUUACAUAUCGUGACUCGACUUGCUUUCCUUUCUCCCACCACCAUGCCCAUCCUUGGCCUUCCGGAAUCAUUCAAAUCAACGGGCCCGGCUCAUUUCGUCAUUGAAAAGGUCAUCCGGCCGAAUAUUCUAGCCUUACACCCGUAUCGGUGUGCUCGAGAUGACUACAAGGAAGGGAUCCUGCUCGACGCGAACGAAAAUGCCCUAGGACACUCCAUAUCACCUCCAUCCGAUGCAUCAGAGAUAGACGCUGCCCUCGAGCUCAAUCUUCACCGUUAUCCUGACCCGUCCCACGACCCCAUCAAGGAACGAAUCGCGACCUUGCGCUCAAUUGCUGGCGUUGACCAUGUCUUCCUCGGUGUGGGGUCAGACGAGGUCAUCGACCUCCUCAUGCGCGUCUGUGUCGCGCCAGAGCGAGAGAAGAUCUUGAUUACCCCACCGACGUACGGGAUGUACGCUGUCUGUGCCCAGGUGAAUGAUGUCGGCGUCGUCAAGGUUCCUCUUGAGUUGAGUGGUGCAAAAGGAGAAGGCGGCACUACUGGACGCUUCAGCGUCAAGGUCGACGAGGUCAAAAAAGCAGUAGAUGCCGAUCCUUCUAUCAAGUUAAUUUUCCUGUGUUCCCCUGGGAAUCCUACGGGAACCCUCAUUCCUCUAUCCUCUAUACGGGAAAUACUUGAUUAUCCAGGUUUCAGGGGUAUCGUAAUAGUAGAUGAAGCCUAUGUCGAUUUCGCCGGCGCCGAUGCAAGUGCGGUAUCUCUUGUCAGAGAAUACACCAACUUGUGCGUUAUGCAAACCGUCAGUAAAAGCUUCGGUCUUGCAGCCAUUAGAUUGGGUAUAGCCAUUGCCCAACCACCACUAAUACAAAUCCUCUCGAAUACCAAAGCGCCUUACAACAUAUCCACGCCAACCGCCCACCUCGCCUUGUCCGCCCUGUCUCCCUCAGCGGUAGACGCGAUGCAUUCCAAAAUAAAUACCCUUAUCACUUCCCGGACUAAAUUGCUCCAAUCGUUGUCCGCACUCGCGGUCCUCGGGCUGGGUCCUUCCGUAGGUGGUAACGACGCCAACUUCAUCGUGGUUCCGGUUUUAUCCAAAGGCGGUACCAAACCUGACAAUGUCAGGUCACAGAAAGUUUACAAAUCGUUGGCAGAGGAGAAUGGUGUUGUAGUCCGAUUUAGAGGCAAUGAGCCAGGAUGCGAAGGCUGUCUUAGAAUUACGGUCGGGAGUGAAGAGGAGAAUGAAGUAGUCGUUAGAAAGCUCAGAGAAGUACUUCAGCAGUUGUAAGAAUAGAAAGAACUAGACGUGAAACGUUCUGAAUUUGACAAGAGUUUGAAACUCAAAAGUCCACCAUUCCAUGAAGCGUCAAGAGAAAUACCGGAAACGAACUAUGGAAGAAGAACAAUCAGACACCCGCGGAUUCUACAAAUUAGCCAAAAAUACAAUAUGUAACAAUGCAGCAAUCAGCUCCUCCAAUACUGAGCCAAGUCAUGAAUCCGAUCCAACACCACCGUAAUAUACGAC